GGGACGGAAGAAUAGACGUCACCGUUAACUUUUUCUUUACUGGUCACUUUCGGAGUUGACGCCGUCUCUAACGGCGGGCGUCCCUUCUUCUUCAUCAUCAUCAUCACGAUUCACCAUCCCUGCAUCUGAUCUGUUUCGAUGUUUUGUUCGUACCCAUGGCUUCGUCAACGGAGACCUUGACCGAUGACCACGCGCUAGAGCUCAUCGUACGAGAUCCAUCUUCUCCGGCUUCCCACGGUGGAUCCGCAGCCGACGCCGCAUCAGGUUCCGAUGAGAUCACGCCUUUACUCACCCAGAUCGAACGGCCCAAGAUCAACAUAUUCUCCGCCUCUUUCUCGCGUCGGAAACCUAGGGAGCAAGUGCUUAAAGUAACGGAAUCGGAGUCAUUUCAUAUAGCUCAGUUCUUUUCAUGGCUAUGGAGCGGCUCUAGAUACGCCGGCUUCCUGUGCAUGGCCUUGUCAUCAACAUUGUACUUCAUGAUGGAAUUGAUUUCAGAUGGUUUAUCUGUUCAGUCAAUACCUUUAUUUGAGACAGCUUUCAUGAGAUGCACAACUAUCUUGAUACUUUCGUAUUUGUGGUUGAGAAGAAGUGGUCAACCAAUUUUUGGACCUUCACACGCUAGGAAGCUUUUGAUAUUAAGAGCCCUCGUGGGUUAUCUUUCAUUGUUUUGUUUCAUUUUUAGCAUUCGAAUGUUACCCUUGUCCCAAGCGAUUGUACUAAGCUUCGCGAGUCCAAUUAUGGCUUCCAUUGCAGCACGUAUCAUUCUGCGUGAGAAGUUGAAAAUUAUUGAUAUUGGAGCUCUUGUUUGCAGUUUCUUUGGCAUACUUUUCAUUUUCCGCCCGAUGAUUACUGUCCAAGUUGAACCAGAAGGAAUCAAUGGAAACUUUAAAGGAGAACAUCAUAUUUAUGCGGUGUUGAUGGGUUUAUUUUCAUCGAUAACGGGAGGAAUCAGCUAUUGUCUCAUAAAAGCAGGAGCAAAAGCAUCAGAACAGCCACUGAUCACUGUCCUCUUAUUUGGUGUGGUAGCUUGUCCUGCUGCAGCAAUGUGCAUGCUUGCCUUCGAGAACGUUGUAGUGCCCGCGUUGUACUCGCUCAUCAACGUGGCUGUCCUAGGGUUACUAGCCUUUUUCGCCGAGGUACUUUUGGCGCGAGCGCUUCAGCUCGAGAAAAUCAGCAAAGUUGCGAACAUAUUGUACAUCGAGGCCGCUCUGUCGCAGUUAUGGAUGGUGAGCUCGAGAAAAGUGGCGUCGGGUUUGUCUGAACGGCUGGUCGGGUGUUUGCUCAUCCUAAUCUCUGUGAGUUGCACUGUAUACAUGGGUCCUGAUAAAGAUCCAGAAUAAAAAUCCAAUCGUAUUGUGUAUCUCGCAACCCCGCCGAAUUCAAUUUUGUGUCGAAUUCGUUUUCGAUCUUUCUUUUCGGACACCAAGAUCGUGUCAAAGAAACCCAAAUCCUGUCGAUAGAAGAUGGAGAUGGGAUCACUCAAAGAAAAUUUGCCAAUUUGGUCUUUAUAUUUGAUUUUGAGUUUGCUUCA